ACGCGCCGUCCGUGAAGACGAAGCAACCAGGAAGUGUUCCAGCAAUUUGCACCAGCUGCUCCUCCCCGGCAACGUCUGUUAUGAAACUCCCGGACAGCACCCUAGGAAUAGCAACCGGGCUCCUAACUGUCGUACUUGUUGUCGUUGCGGCCGUUUUUAAUUAUUUCGACGACCCCGCUCCGGUUAAAUACACAAGCAUGGCCGAGGACCUAAAGACUCUGGAGGGGAACUUCCGGCAGCACAACAAAAGCUGUUUCAUCCUCGGCGCCUCCGGGGAAACGGGCCAGGAGUUGCUCCGAGCGCUGCUGGGGCGCAACAUCUUCUCCAAGAUCACCCUCAUCGGGAGGAGACGGCUCACCUUUGAGGACAAAGCGUAUGAAAACCUGAUACAAGAGGUGGUGGACUUUGAGAAGCUCGAAGAUUAUGCGGCAGCCUUCCAGGGCCACGAUGUUGGCUACUGCUGCCUGGGAACCACCAAGGCGAAAGUAGGGACUGAAGGAUUCAUCCGCGUCGAUCACGACUACGUCCUGAAAUCGGCGGAGCUCGCCAAGGCAGGAGGCUGCACCCAGUUCCACCUGGAGUCCUCCAGAGGAGCCGAUAAAAACAGCAACUUCCUCUACCUCAAAGUCAAAGGACAAGUGGAAGCAGAGAUUGAGGCGUUGGGUUUUGACAGAUAUGCCAUUUACAGACCAGGGGUUUUGUUGGUAGAUAGGCAGGAGAGUCGGCCUGUCGAGUGGGUGGCCAGGAAGUUCUUCGGAGCCUUUUCGGCCGUGUUUUCCACGUCCAUGUCCAUCCCAAUCCAAGCGGUGGCCAAAGCGAUGGCGUCAAACACUCUGCUUCGACCUGAGCAGAAGACGGAGAUCCUGGAGAACACGGACAUCACCAAUCUGUGGAAAAGUGCAGGGAAAUGAGAGAAGGAAAUACCAGGGAGGUUCUUUCAGAGACGACUACAUCCUGCAAACACCGUUCACAUCAUCGUGAAGAUUUUCACAUUACUUCAAAUUAAUCCAUGAAGUUUGCCAUUGUCAGAAAGCCAAAGGGUGUUUCUAUAAAUACUUGACUGUAGAUUCAUACACAUGUAUAUUUGUGCUAUAUUAUUUAUGGAGAAAACAACAUGCAAAGCUCUCCAAUAUAUAGAAUGCUGAAAGUGUAUUUGGGUUUAAUUAUUUUGGUCUUGAAUUACAGUAUAUUGUGAUAUUGUCAUCAGGGAACCGGUGCCAUUGUGUACCAUUUGUGCUCCAAGUCAAUAACGCACUGAACAACUGCCUUAAAGUAAAUGCUUGAGUUUAUUCUUCACUACAUUAAAAUAUUGGAUGUCCUAAACAUGUUUUUAUAAAUAUUUUACUGUGUGGGUGUUUAAUUUAUGGGGUGUCUUUAUCUGUGCUGUCCUACGUCUGCGCACUGCAGCAUAUGUAAUAUAUUGGAUGCAAAUCACCAUAUAUAUGCUAUUUUUGAUGAUGAAUUCAAACCCAGGAUCUUAUUUCUUCUGAGUUUCUUUUUUUUUUUCAGACUUCUGAAAUAUUAACUUUUUAUUUCUAUUUAAUUUAUUGUUUUCAUUUGUUUGAUUUAUUUGUCAUUGUCGUACACAAUUGUCUUCUACUUUAAUGUCACUUUAUUUCCUUUUUUAAUUUUCUUAUACUAGGUGUUUUGCUUUAUUUUACUGCUUCAAGUGAAGCACUUCAAAUUGCCUUUGAGAGAUAUAUUCAAAUAAACUUUGAUCUAGCAGCGCC